AAGCAUUGUCUUGAAAUCGGAAUCUGUUUAUUAAAAACAACAAUAAUGAGUGGCUCGCAAUUAUUCCCAGUGAAUCUGAACAACCUGAGUGCCAAGGAGCGACACAACUAUAUUCUCAAUAAUUACGUUCUCAACUCGCCGGCGGAGGCGGAAUCCCGUCGCCACAAGCGGGAUAUCGAUGUAAUCCGGGAGAAUCACCGCUUCCUGUGGGAGGAUGACGAGUUGGAUACCGACACCCUGAGCUGGGAGCAGCGCUUGGCCCUGCGAUACUACAGGAAGCUAUUCAAAGAGUACUGCAUCGCGGAUCUGUCCCGCUACAAGGAGAACAAGAUAGCACUGCGCUGGCGAACAGAGCAGGAGGUGGUCACCGGAACAGGGCAGUUCCAGUGCGGGAGCCGGCAUUGCGGAGAGCGGGAUAAUCUGCGCAGCUGGGAGGUCAACUUUAAGUAUAUCGAAAAGGGCGAGCCCCUAAAUGCACUGGUCAAGGUGCGGCUUUGUCCCACCCACACGGAUCAGCUGAACUACCGCACCAAGAAGCGGGAGUGCAAGAAGCAGCGACGUAGGGAAAAGGAGGAACGGCGCGCUGAGAAAAAACGUAAGCGUCGAAAGCUUGACAUUGAUCAAGAAAGUUCUGGCGAAGAUGAGGAGGAAACUGUUGAACCGGCAUCCCAGCCCCAGCCAGAAGCCAGCAAAGAGGCUACAACCCAAAAAGAAGAUACCACGGCAGAGGAUCAGAUUUGGUUACAACAACCGGAGCUUAGCCAUGAGCAGGCCUCCAGAGAGCAGGAAUUCGAGCGGUAUCUAGAGGAUCUCCUCUUUUAAAAUACAUAGCACAUUUAUUUGGAUUCAACGUAGACACUAGUGCUCUUUUUUAUAGUUACUGGCCGCGAGAUGCGUUCGCUUACGAACUACGAUGUACAUGUACACUCACAUUUACAGGAUUAUUCACAAGAACUGCGUGUUAAAACCGACACCAAAUCUAAAGUUGAACUGGACAUUAAGGCUGUGACUCUGAUUGAUUUUUGGAAAGAAUUCCGAAUCGCUACAUUAUAGGCAUGUACCUAGUUCAACCGCUAUUUCUGUAUUCAUCGAAUGCAAAUCGGAGGUUCGAAAAUACAAUUUCACCUUACGUUUGUGGUUAAAACAAAUUGUUUAAAUCCAGCCACUGAAGAGUUUCUAAAUAUAAAUCGCUCUAGAAUAAA